AUGUCAUACGACUCCGGUUCCGAUAUCGAAAUGUACCACUCGCCGUAUGGCACCGACUCCGAGAGUCAAGCAGACUUGGCCGCGCUGGCCAAUGCCAGCGAACGGGCUCGUGCUGCAGAUCUGGCCCUUCCACCACACCUCCAGACAUUCCUCCCAUUGAAGCGGUUUUUAGUGGAGUUGCCCCGGAAGCUCCAGUACACCGAAGUUGAUCUCGUACGCCAGAACGUGUACCGUGCGCUCUACUACGCCUGUACCGCUAAUGGACGCCACAUCGACGUCCUCUUCCCUGACAUUGGUCCCAAAGAGCUCAUGAGCUUGCACAAACGGGUGGUCCUUAAGACCAACCAGAAGCGACCAUUCUACCUGCGCAAGCCCAGGGACACUAACUACACACAUCCCCCAGAUAAAGCAUGUGCUCGAACACUCAAACCAGGAGAGCCAGUCUACAGAUGUGCAGAGUGUGGGUUCGAUGAUUCAUGCGUCUUAUGUGUAUUUUGCUUCAAUCCCCAAGACCAUAUCGAUCACAACGUCUCAGUAUACAGCACCACGGGCAGCAGCGGAAUUUGUGACUGUGGAGACCCCGAAGCCUUCAAAAACUUGAAUUGCAAAUGUUUCCUGCACGAGGAGGACAAUGUGGAGGUCCCACAAGCAAUCAGAGAUGCCUUGCGUCUCACCCUCGAGGUAUGUCUUGACUACAUCCUCAAUGUUUUGCAUUUUAACAUCAACACUCUUCCUGUGUUGGAAAGCCACAUGGACGACCCCCUUCUGGGCUUAACAUUGACCUCCCGGUACCUCAGCGAUUUAUCCUCGUUACCUGCGAGAGAAUACGGCAUGGCAGAUGACACCAACUCCCAUAAUAUGUGGAAUUUGGUUGUCUGGAACGAUGAACUUCAUAACAGAGACGAGGCAUUGAGUGCGUUAAAGGACGCUGGUCUGCCCACCGCGAAGGCUAAUAUUAUGGUGAAGGAGAUCGACCACAAUGGUAAAUGUGUUUUCAACCAGGCUGCGGACCCUAAGUGGUUGCGUGAAGCCCAUCAAAUCAUAACGAGAAGUGGCUUGCUGGCAUCGAUUGUUUCCGCCAGAGACUACAUGAGAUUCGAGAUUAUCGGUGCCAUGUUUAACUGGAUGAGCGAUAUUAUUGAGCUGUACUCCAAUGACCUGUUCAGAAACCUCAGCAAGUCUUUGCUAUCGCAAAUAUUAUUGGAACCUGCAUCCAUUCACAGUUCAUUGCCCAUUCAUGAGUGGGCCGAUCUGUUAAGCGACAUAAAUAAGAAAAACUUCAAGAAGGUCUUGAAUGGCUUAUUUAUCAGUAAUACCUAUCACAAGGUAUCCUCGAGCUUAUCAACAGAUCUUACUGCUCAAGAUUUAGUCACCACGUUUAAGUCCAUUAAGUCUACCUCAGAGAGUCAAACAAUCAACUUGUCUAGAAUUCAGAUGUUGUUGCUGUAUGAGAGUAGACUUGACAAACCUACAAGGAUGGCGUUGCCUGCAUUACUCAUGCCUCCUCUCGUAUCUGAUAUGGCCAACAAAUCUAUAUUUUCGAAACAACUAAUGGAGGUUUAUCCUUUGCUAUUGCACAACUUGGCCUAUGUGGAUCGUGAAGAUCAUCUCAAUAUUUUGUUGGAAGUGAACUCCCAAAUCUUUACCUGUCCAAAAUGUGUAGGCCAAAUGUUGACUGAGGGUGGAUAUGAGACCGUUAUUAGCUCAUUAAUUACACUUAUAGAAGAACUGGCUAGUAAGUGGAACAAAGAUUCGGGAUAUCCCACAGUUGUUGAUAUUUCAAAAGAUCAUCCCUUGACUUACAAAAGACUUAAGACUGCAAUCAUUAGAGGUAUAAGUGAUUUGAAAUCUUUGUCUUCAAAGCACUCUAACAAUAGUAUUUUCACUGAUCCUAAGAAUUUUGAAUUGUCCAUAUUGUUAUUGAGAUGUUUUCAGGAAUACUGGCCAAUGAAAAAGAAGUAUGGAGAUCACGUCGAGCGAGAAAUAUAUGAUUUUGUUGUCCAUAUUGAAUAUUCAAUACCAGUUUUGAACAUCGCAAAAUCUAUCGGUACAAGUGAAUAUACGCUUGAAAGCGUCAGAAAGAAUGCAUUAUUUUUGAUCGACUAUUUGCAACUCAGAACCUUGAGAACCAAGGAAGAUGGUAUCAUUGAUUUCAAAGUUACCAAUGAAUUUGUUUCCUUGAUUAACCCAUUAAAUGCGAUGUUGUCAUACAUGAUCCAAACCAAUGGUAUCUCCAAAUUUCAAGAUAUCCUCCUCAAUAUGAACAAAUCAUUCCUCAACAUAUCUGAUAUUUCGUUACGAAGCAUUGUAUUGGCAAAUCAAAUCAAAAUUGGAUAUUGGAUUAGAAACGGGUUCUCCACAAGUCGACAAGGAUCAUUAUACUUCGAGUCAAUUAUGAAUGACGUGACCUUUUUCAGGGAUUUUCACAUAAAUCAGAUCACUUGUAUCAUCGAUGACCCCAAAUCCACGUUAUUCAAUUUUCUAGAGAGGUGGGACCUAUUGUCGUGGUACUUGAAUGAUGUAAAAUAUGACAAAACUGAUUAUGAGGAUAGAUUUUUCUCAAUUUCCGAGAAGUUUAUUCUCUUUUUAUAUAACCUCUUGGUUGAAAGAGUGGCUUUUUUGAGUCUUUCCUCAAAUAAAAGGUACGAAUUGAUGGUCAAGAAAACAAUUGCAUAUAUUUUAUGCGGAGAGCCUAGACCAUAUAGUGCUAUUAAGGAGGAUGUUUCAACUGAAUUACAGGACUUAACAAACUUCGACGACAUACUCUACGAAUUAGCAGAUUAUCAACCCCCUAGUGCAAUCGGUGAUUCAGGAAUGUUCAGGUUGAAGACCGAAGUUUACAAGACUAUGGACCCAUUGAGCUUUUACUUCGAUUCUUCCAAGUACCAGGAAAUUUCAGAAUCAUUGGUCAAACAAGCAUCACAGACUACCAAAAAAAAGGACCAUGACAUUAUCUUGAUCCCAAAGUUAGUGCAAGAUGAAAAGGUUCCAACAAUUGUCGGUCAAAAUCUUGGUAGAUUUACCAAGACAAAAGAAUUUGCUAAAUUAAUCUACAAAUUUCUACAGGUGGCAAUUGAUACUUCAGAUGAGACUUACUUACCCCAAUUGUUACAUUUAAUCCAUGCUAUCUUGAUCGAUGAUGAAAUUCUUCAUGGGAAAGCUUAUCUUAAUGAUCAUUUUGUGAACAUUCCCAUUAGCGAUUUGUUAUUGAUGAUAGUUGAGUCCAAAAUGUCUCCAAGAGUUGUCCAAAAGGCUGAUUUUUUGGUUGAAAGAUUCAUUGAAAAGGAUCAACGUAUUGUUGAAAACCUUAUCGACUGUUUUGGAGAGAACUACAUCAACGAAUACAAAAAGAAAAAAACAGGCUUAUUUGAAUCUGAUCUAGAAAAACAAAAGCGCAAAAACAAGGAGAGACAAUCAAAAGUAAUGAAAAAGUUCGAAAAUCAAAGAAAGAAGUUUUUGUCUAUGAAUAAGGAAUUUGAGCAACCAGAAUCCGAGUCUCAAAGUACUGAAUAUGUGAGCCAGGAUAGGACUUGCGUAUUGUGCGGUGAAGCAGAAACCUUGAAUGAAUCUCUUGGAUUGUUGGCUAGCAAGACGAAGGCAUCUUGUUUCUGGAAAUUACCCAUAGGCCAAAGUGAUCAUAUGAAUAGGUCCUUUAAGCCAUUUGAUCUACAACACACGACUGUUGAGACUAAGUCAUUCUACAAACGGGGCUACUAUUAUGGUAGAGGUGAUGCUAUGUUCCCAAGUGACUUUGAAGAGGCUCAAGUUUUAUCAACCUGUGGACAUUUUAUUCAUCACAGGUGUUUUAAAAACGCUAUUGGCUUGAAUAGACAUUAUCCAUGUCCAUUAUGUCGCAAUUUGCAUAAUGUAUUCAUUCCUUCAUUUAGAGAUCCAAAAAGUGUCAAUGGCGAGGAAAAUCUUGUUGAACUUGACUAUGACCCUAAGUUGCAAAAAUAUAACCAAAUUUUCAACUCUACUGGUUCGACUAAAAACCCUAUGUUAAAAAAUGCAUUAGUUGAUAAGACGUACGAGUCUAAGGACUUCAAGCCAUUCCAGAGGAUAUUGACAACAGAAUUACUUGACCUGCUUGAAGAGUCAUCAAUAUCUAAUCGAAAUAAUUGCAAUUCCAAAUAUUUCUCUUCUCUCUUAAAGGUUUCGACUAUCCUAGCGGACACUAUCAGAAUGAAUGAAAUAUCCACUAGAAUUGGUGGGGAGGCGAGUUGCUCUACAUUUUUGGAACAAAUUCCUGGUUCGGUCAAAACAUUAUUAAGGUCUUUAGCUCAAUCUCGAGCACUAUUGUAUACCGACCGCAAGUCACCCAUUCUUCUAGGAAAUGAUUAUGAUUUUUCAAGAGAAAUUAAUGGCUUGUGGGAUUCGGUGUCAUUGCAUGUAGAUGGAGUGUUCAAUGAAACAAUAGUGCUUUACUUUCAAACUGACGAAUCAUUGAGAACUUUGGCAAGAUUGGGUAUGACGAAAAUGAUUGUGAAUUCUAUUUACUCAUUAUUGAUGAGACCGAACAACAAAAUGGAUUUGAUGGGCCAUAACAAAACAACUGACAUUUCUGAACCAGUUUUAUCUUCAUUUCGCUCUAUCUUCAAUACUGUGGCUUCUCAAAUAGACGGUGAAAUCCCAACUGAUAGGUUUGUUGUUGAUUGUUACUAUGCUGUGGAAAGACUAUUAUUGCCUUUUUUAAGACAAUUGAUCAUCUUCAAGGAUAUCUUAACCUGUGAAUCACAAGGUGAAAAUUCAUUUAAAAGUACUGGAAGUUUGCACAACUUAACAGAUCAGAUAAGAAGCCAAAAGUAUGUCGAUUCUUCACAAGCACUCACAAGAGCCCUAAAUCUUCCAUCGUAUGAUGAAGUUAUUAUGGGAGUGGCAGAUGCAAAUGAUGACUUUGCCUUUGAAAGCUCUGUUUUUGAUAUCGUAUUGAAUGCAAAGAUCCCCAAGUAUUUGGAAUCAGGCAUUUUAACCCUUGAUUAUCCAGGAAUUAUCCGCUUGAUUGAUUUACCAACACAAUUCAAUACCUGCAUAGUCCAAGAUCGAAGCCACUCUUAUGAACAGAUGACAUGCUUGCAUUGUGGUCGUAUGGAAAAAAGCUCUACUGGCACUGGUCACAUGGCUGCCUGUGCAAGUGGUAUUGGAAUUUUCUUCCUUCCUCGAAGUAACCUGCUUAGAAUUUGCAUUCAUAUUGGCAACAGUCCUCCAAUCAGCAUUGAUAUUCCUGGGCCAUAUCUUACCAAGCACGGGGAGAUUAAACGACCAAGAACUCCGGGCGCCGCAACAUUGAAUCAAUUCCGUUAUGACACGUUGAAUAAGAUGUGGCUUAAUCAAGGUUUGUACGCAUUUGUCACCAGAAGCAUAUUCGGAGCAAGAACGAACACAGAUGCAAUGAAUUUCAAUUUCGGGCAAGAUCCCGAUGAGGAUGAGGAUGAAGAUGACGACGAUGAAGAUGGUGACGAUGAAGACCAUUUCGAUGAUGCACAUUUCGAUGAUGCCGAAUUCGAUGAUGACAGUGACAAUGCGGAUGUUCCUAAUGGGUAUUCUUAUGAUGAAUACAUCGAAGGUAUGGAUUUCACGCAUUCAAACGAAUUUUUCGAGUUUGCUAGGGAUAAUGGUCUUUACUAG